AUGGCCAGCUUUUUCGAUCUCAAGGCGAGGAAAGCGGCCGCUGCAAAUGGAGCUUCAUCGCAGAAACACGAUAAACCAGCCGACGUGCGGGCUCAGCCUUGGGUUGAGAAAUACCGCCCCAAGAGCCUGGACGAUGUCACUGCUCAAGAUCACACAGUGACCGUUCUCCAGAGAACACUACAAGCUUCCAAUCUCCCACACAUGCUAUUUUACGGCCCUCCUGGCACAGGCAAAACAUCCACCAUCCUUGCCCUUGCAAAAGAGCUUUAUGGUCCGGAGAUGAUCAAGUCACGAGUCCUUGAGCUGAACGCGUCCGACGAGCGUGGUAUCUCGAUUGUUCGACAGAAAGUCAAAGAUUUUGCACGAAUGCAGUUGACCAACCCGCCGCCAUCCUACAAAGACAAAUAUCCCUGCCCGCCGUUCAAAAUCAUCAUUCUAGACGAGGCCGAUUCCAUGACGCAAGAUGCACAGAGCGCUUUGAGACGAACGAUGGAGACAUAUAGCAAAAUCACACGCUUUUGCCUAAUCUGCAACUAUGUUACUAGAAUUAUCGACCCCCUGGCGAGUCGAUGCAGUAAAUUUCGCUUCAAGAGCUUGGAUCAGGGCAAUGCGAAGAGGCGGUUGGAGUCAAUAGCAGAGGCUGAAGGGGUUACGCUUGAAGAUGGUGCUAUCGAUGCCCUUAUAAAGUGCAGCGAGGGUGAUCUGCGAAAAGCCAUUACCUUUCUGCAGAGUGCUGCACGAUUGGUUGGAGCGAAACCUUUAGAAAAGGACGGCGAAGGCGACGAGGCUAUGGAUGUAGACAAAAGGCCAGUGACUGUCAAGAUUGUUGAGGACAUCGCUGGUGUGAUACCCGGUUCAACAAUCAACGAUCUCGUCAAGGCUAUGCGCCCAAGUACGUCAGCAGAGGCAUAUCGGUCCAUAUCCAAGGUGGUAGAGGAUCUGGUCGCAGACGGCUGGAGUGCUGGUCAGGUUGUAAACCAGCUGUACCAAGAGAUAGUCUUUGAUGAAAUUGUUCCUGAUGUCCAAAAGAACAAAAUCGUUCUCGUCUUCUCUGAAGUCGAUAAGCGAUUGGUCGAUGGAGCAGACGAGCAUCUAUCAAUUCUUGAUCUGGCAAUGAGGAUAUCGGCCAUCAUGUCCGAAAAAUGAAUCUCGACUGACUCGAGAGGCUGAAUGAAAAAUAAAUCAAAUGAGGAGCUGCAAUCAGCAUGGCUUAUUCUGACUAGGCGGCGUUUGUUCUUUUUACUGGAGAUAUAGAGGCAUAAUCGAAACACAUAGGACGGGGAUAUACUAAAACUAUUAAUGAUAUGAUUUAGAUCGUAUCCUUUCUUAGCUUAAUGCUCCUAAAUUUCCGUGUAAUCUAGACCAAACAUCGUGCCCGUCAUCUGUUAUGCUGCUCUUUGACGCGGACUUUAGUGAUUCAAGCUUCGUUGCCGCUACCAAAGCCUUUGGUUUAUUAUCAGCGCCCUCACUAGAAACAUCCCCAUCAGGAUGACCUAGCAGGAAGUCAAUCUCUCGAAGAUUUUCCAAGCAAUUCUCUAGCGCGACCUGUCCUAUGUCGACGGUUUCUGCAGCAUAUUCGAGAAGUGUUAUUUUGGCCGAAUCUGCGGCGAAUACCCAUGGCUUCACCCGCUUCGAGAUAUCCGGCUGUUCGGAUUUCGAAGCUACUUCUGUCUGUAUACCAGACCUCCGGCGUAGCGAAUCCUUCAUGGGGUAUGUUGGUAGCAAAUGGCUUUCUUCACUGAGACGGCCGAGUAAUUGGCAGGCAUCCUGAUUCUGCUUGGACAAUGCCGACGUGAAAAAGGAUUUCUGAGUGAUGGCUGCCUUCUGGCUUACCGAAAUAGCAGCCAUGGCUCUCAGAUAAGGCGUUAGAAGAUGAUCGAUUGGUGCUGGAGGCUUGUUACUAUUUCGAUCCAGACCCGCAACUAGCUGUGCAGGCGGCAGCAGAG